AUGGCCUUCUUCUCCUCUCGCCUGGUCGUCUUCUUCCUCCUGCUGGCGGUGGCCGCCGCGGAGUACCCGCCCAUGCUGUUCACCAUCGUGAACAACUGCCCCUUCCCCGUCUGGCCCGCCAUCCUUCCCAACACCGGCCACGAGGUCCUCGAGGGCGGCGGCUUUGAGCUCGGCCCCCUCACCCACCGUUCCUUCCCCGCACCGACCACACACUGGGCCGGCCGCGUCUGGGGCCGCACCGGCUGCUACCACGGCCGCGGCGGCCGCUUCACCUGCGCCACCGGCGACUGCGGGGGGCGCCUGCAGUGCGCCGGCCUCGGCGGUGCCGUCCCCGCCACCCUCGCCCAGCUCUCGCUCCACCACGCGGGGCACCUCGACAAGACCGCCUACAGCGUCAGCCUCGUCGACGGCUUCAAUCUGCCGAUGACCGUCACCCCGCACGAGGGCCGCGGUGUGUGCCCCGUCGUCGGUUGCCGCGCAGAUCUGUUGCCGUCCUGCCCCCGCGCGCUCCAGCUGAAGUCGCCAUCUCAGCACGUCGUCGGCUGCAAGAGUGGCUGCGUCGCCUUCGGCACCGACGAGCUCUGCUGCCGCAACAAGUACAGCACCCCCGGGGCCUGCCGAUCCUCCAGCUACUCCCAGUACUUCAAGCAGGCCUGCCCCUCAUCCUACACCUACGCUCACGACAGCCCUUCGCUAGUCCACGACUGCGCCGCCCCCAAGGAGCUCAAGAUCAUCUUCUGCCACUGA